AUGGCUUCCGUUCACGAUGCACAUCCCCUUACCGGUACACUUCCGGCACCAGCGGCAGCACCUGCUCCUGCAAUGGCGGCAGCCACAUCUGUCCCUGCGGGUUCUUCCAGUCCAGCAGUGGUCGCGCACACCAGCGAAUCCAUUCUCAACGUUCUCCAGCGUCAAGCUGCUCAGCAGCAAGCGCUUUUGGCGCAACAGCAGUUGGAGGUGUUGCAACUGACGGAAGUGGCACGCAAACAGCUCCUCGAGCUGGCGGCAGAACGACAGCGCCUGGAACAGCGCGCGGCUGAGCUGCAGCGGCGGGCAGAUGACCUCGCUGGCCGCGAACGCAAGGUGGUUUUGGAGUCGGAAGCGCUGACGGGCCGGGAGCAGGCGCUGUCAGAGAGCGAGUCCCGGCUGCAAGCGCUACAGGCCAAAUGCAAGCAGCAGUACCUGACGCUGCGAGCGGUGCAUCAGGAGCUGCAGGAGAGGCGAGUAGCGGUUUUUAUAACACAUCCUCCACAUGUUCGGUUUACAUGGCUGCUGGCAGCGCGGCUCGAGGCACAGCUUGGGGGAGCAAUCGGUGCUGGCCUGGGCCCUGUCACAGCCGCGCCCGCUGGCGGCGGACCCACAUCACAGCGGCUGCGGCAUCACGGCACCGACACCGACGUGUAUGACGGAGGGGGCCAUCCCGCGUCGGCCGCGCAAGCGGACGCCGUCGGGGUCGCAUCGACGCGACUGGCAGGCGGCGCCAUUGAGGCUGCAGCUGCCGCAGGGCGCUUUCCGCAGGGCAGGGAUUACCGAGAUAAGGACCGGCGCAACCGUGACCGCAGCGCUAGCCGGGAACGAGAUAAAGACCGGGACAGGGACAGGGAUAGGGACAGGGAGAGAGACAGGAACAAGGAUCACCGGGAAGGCGGAGGCAAGCGCCCUCGGGAGGAGCAGCAGCAGCUCCCGCGGGAGCGCGACCGGCAGGUCGCUCCUAAGUGGCGGGAGAGGGAUUACGACGCCAGGGGAGGCGAUGACCGUCAAGGCCAGGACCGCAGCUGUGGCGGCGGCAGCGGCGACGGGGAGUGCGCGGCGCCGCCGCUGCGGCCCCCGAGCCGCGGAGCCUCUAAUGUGACUGGCGAGGCGGGUGCCGCCGGACUGAGUAUGGGACCAGGACCGGUCGCGGCCGCCGCGUCUGCGCCUGCGUCCACCGCCCCGAUGGAUCCUGCCGCGGCUGCUGCUCCCGGAGGCGCCGCUGCCUCUGCAGCUGCUGCUGCUGCUGCAGUUGGGGGUGCAGUAGCCACAGUCAAGGCGGGCAUGGCGGCGUCAACCACAGCGGCGGCUGUCGCCACCGUACCUGCAAGCGUGCCGUUUGUGUCCAGGGCCGGUGAUCCUGCUGGAGGUGCGGCACCAGCAGCAGCGGAUCAAGCUGCCGGCCCACGGGCGGUGCAGGCGCACAAGGGACAAGCCGGGGGUGAUGCGCGGGGGAGAUUUCCUUGGUUCGCUUCCGGGUGGCAGCAGCAGCAGCUGGGGAAGCGGGGCAGGGAGGGCGAGAAGGGCUGGCAGCAGAACUCCUUGGCGUCUGCGGCGGCAGCACAGACGGGUUUCAGCGACCGCAGGCUUGGAAGCUGUGACUGGCAGGCGGAUGCGGACAAUGAGGUGGCUGCGUCGCUGAGGAACCCCAAGCGGCACCAGCGGCCGCGGCAGGCCAAGCCAGGCGGCAAGAUAAGUUCAGCAGAUCCAGAGGCCGCUACUGGCUCAAGGGGGCAGGCCGCGCAGCAGACUGCUGCUGCUGCCCGUUGCGACCCCGUGGUUGUGGCGGCGCCAGCGACGGCUGCGACGGCAGUGGAGGGACCUGCUGUAUCCGUUUCGAUGCACGAACAGCAGCAACAACGAAAGGAGGCCAAGGCCGGCAAGUCGGACGCCACGCCAGCAGAGCGGAAGCGGCUCAAGGCAGAGCGGCGCAAGGAGCAUAAGGCGAACACCAAGUCUAAGGUGGCGCGCAAGCAAGCUGCAGAAGAAACUGCCCAGCAGCAGCAGCAGCAACAGCAAGGGCAGUCGCCUGAGAACCCUCCGCCCGCAUUUAAGCCGCCACGUGAGCGCAAGAAGGGCCGGCAUCACCAUCAAGGAGCGCAGGCGGUUGUGGCUGCGGCAGCGGCCGAGGUAGCAGCCGCAGAGCCGCAGCCGGAACCAGAGCAGACGGAUCGUAGGGCGCGGGAGGAGGAGGACCACCGAGGAGGAGAUGUGAGGGCGGGGCCGCUGGAUGCAAGCACGACGACUCCCCUGCAGGACGGCUUAGCAGUUGCGACGGCGGUACCUUCACCUGCUGCGGGCAGCCGGGAGGCCGGCAGCGCGGUCGAACCUGCAGGAGCAGGUGGUUGUGUAGGCGGCGCCGCGGAAGCCAAGGUUAGGGACGAUGAAGGCAGCGGUAAUGGGGGUCGCGGCGAUGGCUGUGAUGCUGUAGCUGAGGUAGAGGUUCGUGAUGCAGCUGAAGUUGGCGAUCACGGUAUUUGUGAUGAUGGUGAUAGGGAUGGCGGUGGUGAGGCUGCCAAAGAAGCAGCGCCGGCCGUGGCGGAAUCAGCUGCAGGAGCGGGGAUUGAGACGGCAGCCCCGGUAUCGGGCCCAGAUAGCAGCCACGGGGCGUCAGAGCCGAAUAUGCCAGUCCCUGAACCUGCGUCUAUCGCCGCGAAGCGGCCACCUGCUCCGGGCGAAGCGGCAGAACCACAGGAAGAAGACGAGGAGGAGGAGAAGGAGGGCUCGCCAGACGUUGUGAUACUGGAAACGCCGCGGCCGCCGCAUAGGGCCCAGGUGCCGCCGCAUCAGAAUCAACGACCACACCAACCUUUGCAACAACAGCAGCAGCAACAGCAGCAGCAACAACAGCAGCAACAGGCCUCUGUAGAUGACACCAGGCCACAGCCACAAGCACCUGGUGGUCCCAUUCGUGCGCUUCAGCCGGACUUUCCCAGAUCGCAAUGGAGCACCGGAAGUGCGGGCGGCCAUGUACCUCCCGGGCUGGAAGAGGGCCCCUCAGCGACGGGGCCGAUGGCGGCGUUUCUCUCUCACUACUCCGCAGGAGCUGCCACCGUCACCGCUAGCGGGGAUGGAUUUGCAAGCGAGCUCGGCCGCACGGACAGCUUGCCGACUGUGGAAGGGACAGUGCCGGCGGCGCCGAUGGCUUCGGGGCUAGGGGCGCCAGAGGAGGCGCCGCGGCGGGAGUCGUUCAAGAGCACGAAGGAGUUGCAGCGGCAGAGCACCGGACAGUUGCUGGAGCCCUCGAUUGCUGCGGGCGCCACCGAGGCGCCACCGCCGCUGCGAUCAAUGGAUGCCACCGAGCUUGCCAAGCCUCAUCAGCACCACCAAGACCAGCAGCAGUACCAACAAUACCAAAACCAUAACUACCACCAACUGAACCAACCACAACACCAACAAUACCAAAACCAUAACUACCACCAACACCAGCAGCAGUACCAACAAUACCAAAACCAUAACUACCACCAACUGAACCAACCACAACACCAACAAUACCAAAACCAUAUCUACCACCACCAACAAUACCAGAACCACCACUACCACCAACUGAACCAAACACAAUACUACCAGUGCCAACAAGAGUACCAAGAGCAACAGUACCAACAACAGCAGCACUCGCUGCAGCACAGCGAGCACCUGCAACAGCACAGCCAGCACCUGCAACAGCCGCAACGGCAGAGUCAGCACCUCCAACAGCAGUCUGCACAGCUGCCCCGUGCCCACCUGGUGCACCCUAGGAACCCGCCAUCGCGGCCCGCUACGCGCCAAAGCCACCUGACGGACCAGGCGGCGUCCGCUGCUGAUUACGGCUUAUUGCCGCCUGGGCCUAGCCAUCCGCACCUACAGCAGGCCGGCAGCCUGGGCCAUUGCGCGACUGGGCCAUUGCCUCCAGGCUUUGCGCCGCCGUACGCGGCGCUGGGUAUACGCGGCUUACCAUUCCGGCGGCAGCGACUGAAGGCAGCGGGGGGGCAACGGGUGCAGGGCCGCAACGGGGCCGGCGGCGGCAAGUGCGAUUCCGACCCUGACGGCGGCUUAGUGGAUGAGGACCUGGCUCGUACGGUGGACAUGCUGCGCCAGGAGCAGGAGAUGGCAGGGGAGGUAGCGGCGGCGGCGGCCGCAGUGGGGCGAGGUGGCGUGCGGCAGCUUGGCAAGUUGUUGCCGGAGACACGGUAA